AUGUUAAGUUCCUGCCUCCUCUCAUCCCCCGCCCCGUCUCCAUAUGUCCGAGCCAGCCUUCUCUCAGCGGAAGUUGACACGAGUUCCCUGCCCCUUGCAGCUAAAAAUAAAGCCUCUUACCGGGUUCGUCAGGUGCAAUUCUCAGUCGUGCUUCUGUUUAUAUCCUAUCUAUCUAUCUAUCUAUCUAUCUAUCUAUCUAUCUAUCUAUCUAUCUCCCUAAGUCUGUUUAAAUCUAUAUCAGACUGUUCAUAUCUAUCUAUCUAUCUAUCUAUCUAUCUAUCUAUCUAUCUAUCUAAUCUGUUUAAAUCUAUAUCAGUCUGUUCAUAUCUAUCUACCUAUCUAUCUAUCUAUCUAAGUCUGUUUAAAUCUAUAUCAGUCUGUUCAUAUCUAUCUAUCUAUCUGUUUGUGUUCAUAUCUAUCUAUCUAUCUAUCUAUCUAUCUAUCUAUCUGUCAUAUUUUUCACCUCCACGGGAUUGA